AUGUCUGCUUUGAAAAUGUCUGUCUUCAUUCACUCGCAUGCACUCCACACACGCAUCUCACUUCCACCCGCAGCCUUAUUCAGUGUAUUCCUAUAUUUUCUCCCGGGUACUGCUUCUCGGGUCGAUGCACAUGUCGAAGAGCUUGAAGAUCACUAUGUUCCUCACCUUGGAGAGAUCAGAAGAACCUCCAUUGCACGCAGUGAGAUGACCAGCUGGGAGUGUGCAAAAGGAGGCACUGCUGCGGGGCGAGAGUCGGUUGAUAAAGGUGUGAAGAGUGUCAUGGAGAGUAUCGAACAAGGAAUGGAAGUGAAGUUGAUUAGGCACAAGAAGUGAGGCAGGAGGCGCAAUGUCGCCAAUGUGGCUCAAAAGCUUAGAUAUCAAGGAGAGAGCCAAAGCUCGGACGGCGACUUGGAAGACUCCGAGAGACCUGGUAUAGAGUGCGAGGUUGUUUGUAUAGAAUCUUAUUUGUAUAUCCCUCACAGCUCCGAUCACAUUACAGUACUUAGAGAUUAACGUUCCAGGACUGCUGGAAUAUUAUAGUGCUCGCAUG